CCACUAUAACACUCUUUAUACAAACUUCAAAUCCACAAAGAGUCUUUUUUUUUUUUUCUCUUCGACUUAGCUUAUACAUAGUUUUAUUACAAGAUGUCAUUGUCAGCCUCGGAGAAGGAGGAGAAUAACAAGAAAAUGGCAGCGGACAAGGCUGAGAUGGGGAGGAAGAAGAGGGCAAUGUGGGAAAGAAAGUGGAAGAGAUUGGACAUUGUGAAAGCUUUUGCAUCUCUCUUUGUCCAUUUCCUCUGUCUCUUGGCGCCUUUCAAUUUCACUUGGCCGGCUUUAAGAGUCGCCCUCAUUGUCUAUACGGUGGGUGGGCUCGGUAUCACCGUCUCUUACCACCGAAAUUUGGCUCACCGGAGCUUCAAAGUCCCUAAAUGGCUCGAGUAUUUCUUCGCUUAUUGCGGCCUUCUUGCCAUUCAGGGAGAUCCGAUUGAUUGGGUGAGCACACAUCGAUACCAUCACCAGUUUACAGAUUCGGAUAGGGACCCACAUAGUCCUAACGAAGGAUUUUGGUUCAGUCACCUCCUAUGGCUAUUUGAUACCGGUUAUCUUGUAGAAAAGUGUGGAAGAAGGACAAAUGUGGAGGACUUAAAGAGGCAGUGGUACUAUAAAUUCCUCCAAAGAACAGUCCUUUACCACAUUCUAACAUUUGGUUUCCUCCUCUAUUACUUUGGUGGUUUGUCUUUUCUUACUUGGGGAAUGGUAAUAUUUUAUAUUCUUUCCCUUUUAUUUUUAAAAAAUUUCUUACAAAAACAUAAAAAUAGUUACAAAUAAUAAAUGAAAAAAUGAAAGAAUUCUAAUUUUUCUAUGAGUGUAGGGUAUUGGGGUAGCAAUGGAGCAUCAUGUGACUUGCCUCAUAAACUCUCUUUGCCAUGUUUGGGGAAGCCGAACUUGGAAGACUAAUGACACUUCCCGUAACGUUUGGUGGCUAUCAGUAUUCUCGUUUGGAGAGAGCUGGCACAACAAUCACCACGCCUUCGAAUCCUCGGCGAGACAAGGCUUAGAAUGGUGGCAAAUCGACAUUUCUUGGUAUAUUGUCCGCUUUCUCGAGAUUAUCGGUUUGGCUACUGAUGUUAAGUUGCCUUCCGAGAGUCAACGUCGUCGUAUGGCAAUGGUUCGUUGAAGAUAUGGAACGACGUCUCGUCUCAUUUAAGCAUUAGUUAAUUAAUGUCUACGUACGUUUUAAGUUUUUGGUAAACGUAACACUUGUAAUAUUGUGCGAUGCGGUGUUGUUUUGUGACUUGUGGUGUGUGUUUGAACCAACUUGCUUAAUUAAGAUAACGUUCGUUUUGAUAUGAGCGAAAUUUUAAAAUGCGUUAUGAAGUUUAUCAA